UAAAUAUGAAAAACUUUCCUGAGAUAUUGAUAGGAAUAGCAUCAAACCUGUAGAUUUUUUGGUGAAGAAUUGACAUCUUUAUUAUGUCAAGUCUUCCAGUAUAUGAUACAGUAGGUCUGUCCAUUUAUUUAGACCUUUGGUUUCUUUCAUCAGCCAUUUGCAAUUGUUAGCAUACAAGCCUUGUACAUGUUUUCCCGCAUUCUGGGUUAUUUUCUUAGUUUACCACAGUAUGUGACAAUGUAGCACUGGUCUGCUUAAUAUUGGCAGGCAUGAUUGUGCAAAUCUUCAUGUGCCCUGGCUACCAGGAUCUAACUGCACCAUCAUUCUUGCAUCCCUCCUGAACAAUAAUGUUGAUUAUUUUACUCUUUUGACAGUGACAUCUGAUAUCCCAGCAAAUGGCAUUGCCCACUACAGUGCUGAAAAACUACUCCUGAUGUGCCAACAGCGACACAGCUAACAUAGACCUGGUUCACAUUCUGCUGGGUAGAGCCUGAGAAGGAGUGAUGCCCCCAGGCAGGUGGUAUGCUGUCCAUCCAGCUCAGGCACAACCUUCACGGGAACGAGGGCGUCUUCAGAUGAUAAAGAAGGAAGAAGAGGAUGAGGGAUACACUUCAGUGCAGGCUGCCAGGCCACAAACACUCAACCGUUCUGGCCAGGAACUGUUUCGCCAGCUCUUCAGGCAGCUUCGCUACCAUGAAUCUUCUGGGCCCCUAGAGACUUUCAGCCGGCUCCGUGAGCUCUGUCGCUGGUGGCUGAGGCCUGACAUUCUCUCCAAGGCCCAGAUCCUGGAGCUGUUGGUGCUGGAGCAAUUCCUGAGCAUCCUGCCUGGGGAGCUCCGGACCUGGGUGCAGCUCCAUCACCCUGAGAGUGGUGGGGAAGCUGUGGCCCUGCUUGAAGAGCUGCAGAGGGACAUCAAUGGGACACCAUGGCGGGAUCCAGCCCUUGCCCAGAGCCCAGAUGUACGUUGGAUGGGUACAGGAGCCCUGCGAGCCUCACAGAUAUGGCCCUCUGCUUCUCCUCUCAGGAGCGGCUCUACUCUUGGGGACCACCUGGAGCCUCCCUAUGAAAUAGGAGUGUGUGACUUCCUGGCUGGCCAAUCCGGUACUUGCCAUCAAGCUCAAGCUGUAUGCCACAAAUCCCAAAAGCCUCCUGUUCCCCAGGUGCCUGCCCUUUCCCAGAGAGAGGUGUGCCCAGGAGACCCAUUGACAUCUCAGGCUCAGGACUGUGUUUUUCAGGAAGCUGUGACUUUUAAGGACGUGGAGGUUACCUUCUCCCAGGAUGAGUGGGGAUGGCUGGACCCUGCUCAGAGGAAUUUGUACAGAGAUGUGAUGCUGGAGAAUUACAGGAAUGUGGUUUCUCUGGUGGGACCAUUCACCAAACCUGUUCUGAUUUCCUGGUUGGAGGCAAGGGAGCCAUGGGGUCUGAAUGUCCAGGGAGCUCAGCCUAAGGGGAAUCCAGGUGUUGCCCCCGCAGGAGGUGAGCUGCAGAUUAAAACAAGCAAGUUCUUAAAACAUGAACCUCUGGAAGAAGGAGAAACCUUAGCUAUGCCAUCAGAAUCUUGGGUGAUGAGUGUUCCUGAGGGAAUGGGACUCAGAGAAUCUUUUGAACUGAAGAGCAGGCUAAAGGAACAAUAUGGAAACCCCACACAAGUAAGAGUUAAGAAAGAAGAGACCAAUUUCAGUCACAGGAGAGAAAAAGAAUCUGAAGAAUCAGGAAGAAGUACUAGUUGUAAUUUAAAACACGGCACAUGUUUGAGAGUUCCCAGAAGAAAGCGAUCCCUUAAACAUGGCUGUGGCAGACACUUCAGAGGGAGUUCAUACCACUAUGACUACAAGGAAUAUGGGAAAGGGCUCAGGCGCAUAGUUGGUGGAUUUAGCUUACAUCAGAGAAUUCAUGCUGGACUAAAAGCAAAUGUGAAGGAUGCAUGUGGGAAAGAUUUCAGCCUUAGUUCACAUCAUCAACAUGGGCAGAAUCUUCAUAUGGUGGCGACAUCGUAUAAGUGCAGUGACUGUGGGAGGACCUUCAGUCACAGCUCUCAUCUUGCAUGUCAUCAGAGACUUCACACUCAAGAGAAACCAUUUAAAUGCAGGGUGUGUGGGAAAGCCUUCAGGUGGAGCUCAAACUGUGUGCGACAUGAAAAGAUUCACACUGGAGUGAAACCUUAUAAAUGUAGUUUAUGUGACAAGGCUUUCCGACGCAUGUCUGCCUACCGCCUACACCAGGAAACCCAUACUAAGCAGAAAUUUCUUGAGUCUAAUCAGUAUGAGGAAGCUCUCACCUAUGGCUCAGGAUUUGAUCAUCAUUUGAGAGACCAAAGAGGGGAGAAACCCUUUGACUGCAGCCAGUGUAGGAAAUCCUUCCACUGUAAAUCAUAUGUUGUUGAACAUCAAAGGGUCCACACUCAGGAGAAACCUUAUAAAUGUACCAAAUGUCGGAAAACCUUUAGGUGGAGAUCAAACUUUACUCGUCACAUGAGAAUGCACCAGGAAGAAAAGUUCUGUGAUCAAGAUAUAUGUAGAGAAGACUUCAGACAGACCUCCAGUUGCAGUCAGCCCCAGAAUGCCCCUGCUACAGAGAAAGCUUUUCCCUGUCAGCAGUGUGGGAAAACUUUUACUCGAAAGAAAUCUCUCAUUGAUCAUCAGAGAAUUCACACAGGCGAGAAGCCAUACAGAUGUAGUGAAUGUGAAAAAGAGUUUACCCAUCGGUCAGCCUUUAUUGCUCAUAAGAAGCAGCAUGCCAUUCAGAGAAAACCUGAAGAUGGGCCAUCGUUUAGUCAGGACAGAGUUCUCCAAGUUCCUCAGAGCAGUCAUACCACAGAGGAAGCCUACAAAUGUAGCCAGUGUGGCAAAGCCUUCCGUAAUCACUCAUUCCUCCUCAUCCAUCAGAGAAUUCACACCAGAGAGAAGCCUUAUAAGUGCAGAGAAUGUGGGAAAGCUUUCAGAUGGAGUUCUAACCUCUCCCGUCAUCAAAGGAUUCACUCUUUGGAAAAACAAUAUGAGUACCGUGAAAGUGGAAACAUGCCAAAUCUGCAGCCACAAAUCCUCACUGGUGAGAAACCUUUUUGGUGCCAAGAAUGUGGAAAAACUUUUACACGUAAAAGAAGUCUUUUAGAUCAUAAGGGGAUACACAGUGGAGAGAAGCGCUAUAAAUGUAAUCUGUGUGGGAAAUCUUAUGAUAGGAAACAUCGCCUUGUUAAUCAUCAGAGAAUCCACACGAAAGAGAGACCUUUUAAAUGUCAGUGGUGUGGGAAGGAUUUCAUUGGAAGACAUACCCUCUGCAUUCAUCAGAGAAAACACACCAGAGUGGCACAGUCUGAAUGCAGCCUGGCUGGGUUGUCUUCCUGCCAGGAUGCAGGGGUGAGUUUACAGGAAUUAAAAACAAGUGGGGAGAAGCCCCUUGAAGAUUCUGAGGAAGCUUGUGACCAGAGCUCCAGGAUCACUGGACUCCAGAACAUACCCAUUGGGAAAAAGUGCCAUAAGUGUAGUACCUGUGGGAAAACUUUUAACAAAAGCUCACAGCUCAUUAGCCACAAGAGAUUUCAUACUCGAGAGAGGCCCUUCAAAUGCAGAGAGUGUGGGAAGACCUUCAGGUGGUCUUCAAAUUUGGCUCGGCAUAUGAAAAACCAUAUUAGAGAUUAGCUUGGGGUCUGACAGUGGGAGAAUGGGUUCCUAGCACACCUGCUGGAGAACCCUUAAUUAUGGGAAGCAUGGGGAAAACCUUCACAAAGGGUCUAGCCCUUUCUAUUUUCAAAUCUGGUGCAGAUUCUGAGGAUUCAGAAACUCAGGGCAUCCCCUUUCUUACCUGCUGGGGAGUGUGAUGCUGGGGAAGAACAGCAACCUGUUCUUUGGAGCCCUUCUGGAGGCUCGAGCCCCAGAAGUGGCCUUUGCCCAGUGACCUGGAGCCCCCAGUCAGGUAAUAAGUCUAAAAGCAGAUACCAUUGCCCUUUGUGGUUUGACAGAAUAUCUGUGAUGUAAUGGGCUGUGGCUGGUGGGAAGGGGCCAGUUGAAUCCUGUGAUAGUAGAUCUACUGUUUGACCUAAUAAGUAGCAGCAGCAGCAGCCCACGGACUCCUGGUCACCCCCAAAUGCUUCCUGAGAGUUCAGCUUUGUCCCUCAUCUCAAUUUGGAUAUCUGCCACGGUUAUAGAGUUGUCUCAGCAGCUUAUGGAGGAGAGCAGAGUUAGACUCAAUCACUGGGAGAAUGGGGCUCUCCCAGUGCCCUGUUACUGUCUCCACCCCACAAUCUGCAUGGGCAACAGUGGGCCAUCUGUUCAACAGAAAUGUGAUCACCUCCCAUAUGCCAGACACUGUUGUGCUAGAGACCCAGCAGUGACCAGAACAGACAAAAGAUCUGCCCUCUUGGAUCUUUAUAGACAAUAAACAAAUGAAUUAUAUAGUACUUCAGAUGGUGAUAUAUAUUGUAGACAAAAUUAAUCAGAGAAGAGUGAGAGGCAGUGCUGGAUUAGGAGGUGGGUUGCGAUUUUAAGUAGGCUGGUUAGGGAGGACUUCAACUGAGAAAGCGAAACUUGAGCAAAUACCUGAAGGAGGUUAGGGCAUGGACCCUUUGGGUCUCUAGAUCCAGGCACAGGAGGUGGAAUCUUGUCUGGUGUCCUUGGAGGAUGGCACUCCUGGGCUGGAGUGGAGUGAGCCAGCAGAAGAUAGAGCCCCAGCAAGGUAGUGGGCCAGGCCAUGUAUCAUGGGUCCCCACUAGCUCUAAAGCUUCCUCAAAGGGAGGUAGGGAGCCUUUGGACAGUUUUGAGUUGAGUGAUGGGGUCUGAAUCUGAAUUACACUUAUAAGGUUAACCACAGACCCAAGGACUCAGUGAAAUUAUAUAGCUGAGAAAUUUUUAUGCAGUUAUCUCUGCUCUCGGUUUGCAAUAAAGGGACACUCUCCUCUUCCCUCACAGAGUCUGAAUUUUUGUAAGGCCUCCAGCUUUCAACAGUUACAAACGUUUAAUUAUUGUGCUUGCUUGCAUUUCUAACUUGUGCACACUGUUGGGACCCUCUAACCUUAUGUAGCUUUCUUCACAUAUUGGAUUCGGUGCUGGCAUUGGGUUCAACCCAAACGUACCAGUGCACAUAACUGAUGCCCUCUGGAGAAAAGGGGGCCUGGUGGGGGAGGCACCUCCAUCUCACUUGCCAACUUGACUUGAAACAAAAAGAAAUAGCUCAGUGGCAUAAAGGUAAAGGAGUGAUUUUUCUAAAAUUUGUGUAACUAGUAAUUGCUUCUGAUUAUUGAAGAGCUCACAUGAAUAUAAGAAUAAAUAUCUCACUUGAUAGUAGAGGACCAUCUCAAACUACAUUUUACUGCUUUGAAUCAGGGCACACUGGUGGAGCAGACCAUUUCUUGUAGUGAGAAGAAACCAACCUGGAAAAUGUCCUUUCAGUAGAGUAUAAGUAAUCUUAUCCUGUCUGGUCGGUUGUGGGCAUUUGAAAAUGAAGACUUUUGACACCAUGUGGUGAUGUCACAUGGAAUAGAGGGCAGGGAGAAGGAUCAGAUAUAUAUGUUUGUGUUCUGGCCCCCAUUCGGCUUUCUACUCAGUAAGGUUUGGUAAUCCUGGCUCUUCAUCCUUUUAUUACAGCAGCAGCUGCCCAUGGUGUGGAAUCAAAUGUCCCAUCACUGGUAUAGUGCCAAAAACUGGCUCUGGAAGUGUCUGGACACGGGUCAGAGUCUCAUGUUCUGAGGGCCCAGGGUCAUGGGAAGGGCCUUGGAAUUAUAAGAUCUGGGUUCCAGUCUCAGUGUGCCUUUUCUUGGCAGGAUAGUCUUGAACAAGUUGCUGAACAUCUGCAUCUGUUUUCUGGCAUGUAAAAUUAGAGUAAUUAAGCUCCCUGAUUCCUAGGAUUGUAGAAAGAGGGCUUGGUGUGCAAAGGCUCUGGCUUAGGUAGCUGAUCUCUAGAAUCAGAGCCCUUCACAGAGCUGCAGCUCCAACUCGGCUUCAGCUUCAAAUCUGGUGCCACAAAUGAGGAGAUACCCCCUUUCUGUCCAUAUUUUCACCACCCCCCAACUCCUUGUGCCACUGUCACUUCACAGAGUUCCUGCCCCAAUAGGGGUGUUCUAGAGCCAUUUUUAUAGUGAGAUAUACUCACUUCUAAACGUUCAAACCAAAUUUUCAGGUGUACAAAGAAGUAAAAACAAAUCCCUCUAUACUGAGGUAAGCCUUUAAUAUUUGGGGAUUAUAUUGAUGGAGUCUGUUUUAUAACCUAAAUUUUUAAAUAAUUUUAAUUAUAUCAGUAAUAUAUGGUUAUUAUAGAAAUAUUAGUAAAUACAGAUUAGCUAAAAGAAGAAGAGUAACUACUUGCAGCUAACCACUCAACAAUUUUGGUGCAGUCAGUGUUGGAUUUAACUUAAUUGCCCACCUCUGAACACCCCUGGACUGGCCUGACUUGUUCUGUCUCCUUUCACCACGAGUAUAGGCCAUAUCCAUGCUAGCCAAGGUCCUCAUCCAUCAAGGCUAACCUUUGUCAUCCCUUACCCUUGUCUAUGUAAGCGCUCUCCCUGGCCCCACUUCUCUUGGUGCCUGUUUCUUACUCUGCUACAUGUUGUCCAAGUUUCCAAGAGUUAGACCUACUACUACAGCCAGACAGGACACUCUGGAGGCCGGGUUGGGUGCUUAUUUACCUGCCUGCCAUACAAAGACUUUGUACAAAAUUACUUCUGUUAAGGAAUAUGGAACUGAAUUUAGUUCAGCUUAGUCAGGAUCUGGAGUGUUUUGAAGGGGCCCUGAGUACAGUGUUGACUGAAGGUCACCCACAGGUGCACUGGUUAGCACCAGUGGUAGGUGGUUCUAUGCCAUGUGGCUCCAGGUGAUAAUUACUGACAGUGUCAGCCACCAGUUCUUGUCCAUUCUGGCCUGGAAAACAUGUAGGCUUUUUUGAACCCUGCCUUGCUUUCUUUUGCUGCCUAGAAAGAACCGAAGUUGGGGCUGAGGAGAGCCAGAGUGCUCGGACUCCCAGAGAGGAGUAGAUAUUGGAAUGUCUUUGAAUCAGUUGUUCAAUGUGGUUGACCCUUGCCUCGCUGAUAGACACCCCACACAAAGACAUGUAUGGAGAAGAAAGCACAGGAAAUUCUUCUCAUACUUCUCAAGAUGACAAGUUUUACGAGCCCUAGCAUGGGUUCGUAUGUAGAAGAGUGGGAACUCACUGCUGUGGGAGUGGAAAUUGUAAUAGCUCCUGUGCCAGGCAGUCUGCAAAAUCUUAUGAUGUGCAUACCACCAACAGUUCUAUUCCUGGAUAAACCCUAGAAGAAUUUCAUGUAGGGAGGGACAUUUGUAUAAAAUUGUUCAUUGUUAUACCAUUCAUUGCAGUAUUGUUUAGGUAGUAAUAUUGGGCAAAGCCUAAAUGUCCAUCAACAGAAAAAAGGUUGUUUUUGGUACUUUGGGAAGUGACUAUGAAAGAGCUGAAGUUACUUCAUUCAAUAUAGAUACAUCAAAAAUGCUGAGAAAGUUGCAGAAGUUAUGUACAAUAUACAAUUUAUGUAAAACAUACUGUGUAUCUGUGGGCACCUUAUUUAAACUUAAUUUGUGUUUCACUUUUUUAAUGAAAUGGAAUAGUAGUUGCCCACCUCACAAGAUAAUUGGGGGUGGGUGAAUGAUUAAUUAAUGCAUGUAAUAAGGUAUUUUGAUUAGCAGCUGGCAUGUAGGCAUUGUUGUCAUAUAGUAAACAAUGUUGUUACUGUUUUUGCACAAUAAUAUAUUCCUGUGGAUUCAAAUUAUAUGAUGAAGAGUAUAAAAUCAUGUAUUGGAAUGUCAUGUGAAAGUCAUGUUCUGUCUUCUCACGGCAGGAGCUGCUGAUAGAGUAAGGGAGGGGAGAUGGAAGCUGCAGUUGUGUUUUCAUUUUGAAAAUUGAUGUAGAUGGGUCACAUGUUGCUUAACAGGUUAGUGUGGUGUAUGGGUGUUUUUUUAACUGCUUAAAAUAGUUAAAAAUAAAGUGUUUUUAAGCAUGGA